UUUAGGGGUGGGGGCGCGGGGAGCCCUCGGAGCUGGCAGUGGCGACACCUACGUGCGGGCCCCUCGGCCCAUCUGCAAGCGGGUGAUCGGCCCAGCCCCGUGCAGCUCCAGGAGGAAGUGAGGCUCCGGGGAGAGCCGUGAUGCGCCCAGUGUCUGUUCCCGGUAGGGUCUGGAUUCGAACCCAGGUCUCUCCGAGCAGCCCUGCAGGGUCACAAGAGGGGGAGGGGACCGCAGCCCUGCAGGACUUGGGGCAUGGAACCCUUUCCAGAGUAAACACCCCCGAGCUGGGCCGUGAAGAGUGAGUGGGAGGGAGGACAGCAAAGGGCAAAGGUAAAGACAGCGUAGGUGUCGGAGCAGGGGGCGAAGGGCACAGAGGCGUUAGCAUCUCCGGAACUGGCAGUGGGGGCGCCGGGGCUCCGUGCCCCGGGCUGGGCCUGAGCACGAGGCUGGCAGGGCCCCAGCGCAACCCCGGCACCCGCACUCACUACCCCAGCCUCAGUUUCGUUAUUUUUAAAUGUGUCACAUGCUACUGUGAGUAAGGCCGCGGCUGCACCAGGGCCUGGGCUGCCCGAUGCCCCGCAGGCCACCGGGUGUGCCAUGUGAGGCCCAGGGCUCCAGCAAGAGGCCCUGGGGCCGCAGCUGCCCGUGCCCAUCCUGCUCUUCCUCGUCACUGACUUAAGCCUCAGCCUGAAAAGCAGGUGCACCGGGCAGAGGGACUAGGCUGCGAACCCCGGUCCAGCACUUGUGAGAUGAGCACCGCGCCCGGAGCUGUGGCCAGGACACGAGGGCAGAGCAUCCGAUUUGCCACGCAAGGCGGGACGCGGAAGACGCAGGGGAUCGGGGCGCGGCUCCGAGCCCAGCAGAAGCAGCAGAGCCCUGAAGUCAGGAACAGUCCCCAGUGGGCGGAAGGGUCUGGAAGCGUCCAUGUGGCUGAGACUCCAGUUACCCAAGCCGCCACGGUGCCUCCAGCUGCACACAGAAGCCAGUCACGGCGGCUCACUGGCCCGGGGCUCCAUGCAGGGGGCAUCUUCCCAGUGCAAUGGACGUGGUGUGCCCACUGCCCCGCCGUCUGCCUACAGCGAGCCCAGGAUGCUGCCCUGGAGGGCGGACCCCACUCCUUGGUGACGAUGUGAGCAGCGUGACUCCGUGGGAAGGGCGGCCACAGGCAGCCCCGUCUCUGACACACCCGCACAUUUCGGCCUCCAGGCUCGUGUGAACGCCGCGCUCUCAGAGUUGCACACUUGUCAGGAGCUGCCUACGAGCUGCAGUCGGUAACCAGGAGGCUCCACAGGCCAUUUCCACAUCACCCCCAGGGCUGCCCCCCAACGUCUGGCUUCAUUUGGUAACUAGCAACACAAUGUCACUGAAUUUACCUGAGAAAAACCUACAAAAAGCAUCACUUCCACUGAAUCCUUAUUCCUCGCUGUUCUAGAUGAGAAAGUUUCCAAAGACUGUUAAAAAUAGACAGUUACGGGGGAUCCCUGGGUGGCACAGCGGUUUGGCGCCCACCUUUGGUCCAGGGCGUGAUCCUGGGGUCCCGCGAUCGAGUCCCACAUCAGGCUCCUGGCAUGGAGCCUGCUUCUCCCUCUG